AUGGCUUCUUUUCUGUCUCUUUCUUUUCUACUCAUCUUCUCUUUAUGCUUGAGUUUUGUUUUUGCUGCUGCUGCUCCUCCACCUCUUGAUGGGCUAGUGCCAAAUGGGAACUUUGAGGAAGGCCCCAAGAGAUCAAACCUGAACAAGACAGUGAUCAUAGGGAAGAGAUCACUACCCAAGUGGGAAAUCAGCGGCAUAGUAGAGUACGUGAGCGGUGGGCCCCAACCAGGCGGGUUCUACUUCGCCAUCCCUCGCGGGGCCCACGCCGUGCGGCUCGGCAAUGAGGCCUCCAUUUCCCAGUACUUGAAGGUAAAGCCGAGGGCGAUAUACUCAGUCACCUUUGGCGCAACGAGGACCUGUGCGCAAGAUGAAGUGCUCGCCGUUUCAAUUCCCGGCCAGAAAAGUGAGCUUCCGAUUCAGACGCUUUAUAGCGCUGAUGGCGGUGACACUUAUGCGUGGGCGUUUAGGGCACCUUCUGGGGUUGUUAAGCUCACGUUUCAUAACCCUGGUGUGCAGGAGGACCCUGCUUGUGGACCCCUCAUUGAUGCUGUUGCCAUCAAGGAAAUACCUCCCCUCAAAUACACCAAAGGGAACUUGGUGAAAAAUGGAGGAUUCGAGAGCGGACCUCAUCUCUUCACCAACUUCUCCACCGGAGUCCUCGUUCUCCCCAAGGGAAAAGACCCAUACUCCUCCAUCCCCGCCUGGAUCGUGGAGUCCCUCAAGCCCGUGAAAUACAUAGACUCCAAGCAUUUCCUAGUCCCCAGAGGCCGCGCCGCCGUGGAACUGAUCGGAGGCAGAGAAACCGCCAUUGCCCAGAUCAUCAGAACACGCCCCAACUGGCGCUACACCCUCACCUUCACCAUCGGCGACGCCAGCAACGGCUGCCAUGGAUCCAUGGCCGUGCAAGCUUUCGCCGCCCGAGAAACCGUUAGAGCCGCCUUUGUCUCCACGGGAAAGGGGUGGUUCAAAACUGUCAGUUUUAACUUCCGAGCAACCUCGACCCGGACGAGGAUCACUUUCUAUAGCCCGUUCUAUCACACGAAUAUUAACGAUUUUGCCCACGUUUGUGGGCCUGUCAUCGAUGAUGUUAGAGUGUUCCCUGUCCGUAAAUGAGGAUUGGGUUGCCCAGAAAAUGGAGAAAAACACAGAGAAUCUAUAGACCCAAAGAUUCCCAACUUUCAUCUCUCCUCAUGUUACUUACUUGCUGCAUUACCUGAUGUAACAGGGCAAUGUUCUCAGUCUAUGGAGUUCAUGUUUGAGUUCAAAUAUUACACAAGUUUAAAAAAAGAAUGAU